CAAAACUGCAACAGGAACACAAUUUCUACAGUGGAACUUCAGAAGUUUAAAAUAAAAGGGAAGCUGAACAUGUUGCUACGAAAGCUGAAGCUGUGCUCAAAAAUUUCACCCCAGAGAUUCCAGUUUCUCACCAAACAUCUGACUCAUGAAUUCAGUAAUAGAGUCCAUGGCAGCUCCUUCGCACAUCGCGGUGAACUACGUAAGGCCAAGAGGAUUGUGGUUAAACUAGGAAGCGCUGUGGUCACCCGUGGCGAUGAAUGUGGUCUGGCUCUGGGGCGACUGGCUUCAAUUGUAGAGCAGGUGGCCAUGCUGCAGAAUCAGGGCAGGGAGAUGAUGAUCGUCACCAGUGGAGCCGUGGCUUUUGGCAAGCAGAGGUUAAGACAUGAGAUCCUUCUGUCUCAAAGCGUCCGACAGGCGCUACAUUCAGGAAACGGUCUGCAUAAAGAGAUGUUUGUCCCAGCGCUGGAGGCCCGAGCCUGCGCUGCAGCUGGACAGAGCGGGCUAAUGGCUCUGUAUGAAGCCAUGUUCACUCAGUACAGCACAUGCACUGCACAGGUUCUUGUGACAAAUCUGGAUUUCCACGAUGAUGAGAAGAGGCAGAACCUCAACAGCACUCUGCGGGAGCUGCUGCGCAUGAACAUCGUUCCCAUCAUCAACACCAAUGAUGCAGUGGUACCUCCACCAGAACCCAACAGCGACCUGCACGGGGUGAUCAGCAUUAAGGACAACGACAGUCUGGCAGCGCGGCUGGCUGUGGAGAUGAAGGCUGACCUGCUCAUCGCGCUGUCUGAUGUUGAAGGGCUGUACAAUAGCCCACCUGGAACAAACGAUGCUAAACUCAUAGACAUUUUCUACUCUGGAGACCAGCAGUCCAUCACCUACGGGACAAAGUCCAGAGUUGGGAUUGGAGGUAUGGAGGCCAAGGUUAAGGCAGCUCUUUGGGCGCUGCAAGGAGGCACCUCAGUGGUCAUUGCAAACGGCACAAACCCCAAAAUAACCGGCCAAGUAAUCACUGACAUAGUGGAGGGGAAGAAAGUGGGAACCUUCUUCUCUGAGGUCAAACCUGCUGGUCCAUCUGUGGAGGAGCAAACGGAAAUGGCCAGAAACUCAGGAAGAAUCCUGGCAUCUCUUCAUCCAGACCAGAGAAGCGAGAUCAUCUGCCAUCUAGCAGAGCUGCUGACGGAAAGGAAAAAUGAAAUUCUGGCUGCAAACAAGAUGGACAUGAAGAUGGCUGUCAGCGCAGGACGUUUGCCUUCAGCCAUGUUGAAGCGUCUCAGCCUGUCAUCAGUUAAGCUAAGUAGUUUAGCCGUCGGUCUGCGUCAGAUCGCCAUGGCGGCUCAGGACAGCGUUGGGCGUGUGGUGCGAAGAACAAGGGUGGCUCCCAGUUUAGAGCUUGAGCAGGUCACGGUUCCCAUCGGGGUUCUUCUGGUCAUCUUUGAAGCCCGUCCUGACUGCCUGCCACAGGUCUCUGCUCUGGCAAUAGCCAGUGGGAAUGCUCUUCUCUUGAAGGGUGGCAAAGAAGCUGCCAACACCAACCGUGUCCUGCACCAGCUCACUCAGGAAGCCCUUUCUCUGCAUGGAGUCAGAGAGGCGGUACAGAUGGUGAACACUCAUGAGGAAGUAGAGGAUCUUUGCCGACUGGACAAGAUGAUUGACUUGAUCGUCCCCCGAGGUUCGUCACAGCUGGUGCGGGACAUUCAGCGAGCAGCCAAGGGCAUCCCAGUCCUGGGCCACAGCGAGGGAAUCUGCCACGUCUACGUUGAUGCAGACGCUGAUGUUGAUAAAGUCAUAAAAAUUGUGAGAGACUCCAAGUGUGACUACCCAGCUGCAUGCAAUUCAAUGGAAACUUUGCUAAUUCACCGAGAAAUCCUCAGGACUCCAAUGUUUGACAAGAUAAUUGAAAUGUUGCGCAUUGAACAGGUGAAGAUUCAUUCAGGCCCACGCUUUGCUUCCUACCUGACCUUCAGUCCGUCAGAAGCCAGCUCCCUACGCACAGAGUACAGCGACUUGGAGUGUUGCUUGGAAGUGGUGGACGGCGUGGAGGAGGCUGUGGAGCACAUACACAAGUACGGAAGCUCCCACACUGAUGUUAUCGUCACAGAAAACAAGGAGACGGCUGAACGGUUUCUGCAGCAACUGGACAGUGCUUGUGUUUUCUGGAAUGCCAGCUCUCGUUUUGCUGACGGAUAUCGCUUUGGACUUGGAGCAGAGGUCGGCAUUAGCACAGCCCGUAUUCAUGCCCGGGGCCCAGUCGGCCUUGAGGGACUCCUCACCACCAAGUGGGUCCUGAGAGGCGAUGGUCACACGGUGGCUGAUUUCUCUGAGAGUGGCAGCAGGAAGUAUCUCCAUGAAAACAUCCCUGUUGAGCAGAAUUUAACUGGACACAGGGACAGCAACUAGCGUUCAUGUUAGCUUCGUUUUUGUGUCCUGUCUCCAAAGCUCUGAUCGGUGUUUUAUAAGCCGCUUAACCAAAACUGUAAUAUUUAUUUUUUGGUUCACAUAAUUCUCUUUCAAUGACAGAGUUUAUAAAUAUUUUUUUUCUGUUAAUUCCAUGACAAUUUAGCAGCAGGCUAAAUGACCAAAAUGCCUAAAUGAAGGAUUGUUUUUGGAGUGCCACAAGGUUCAGUGCCUGGGCCAAUUCUCUUUAUUAUACAUAAUGUUCUUCCACUUGGUAAAAUCAUUAAAUACAUUUAAAUAUAGCUGAUGACAUUCAGCUACUUUUAUCCAAUCAGUUAAAUAGAUUAUAGGCAUGUCUUAAAGACAUAAA